AUGGAUGGUCAGAUGAAUGCGGAUAAAAAUGUCAACGGCAAGACGCAGUACUCUGCGGAGGAAGUGAAUCAUGUGAUCUUCGGCCAGAGUGCUCAGAGCACUCAGAGCACUCAGAGCCAUGUAAAGGAAGACGGGAACGCGAUUUUGAUGCAGACAUUACUCAAACAGAAUGAGUUACUAAUGAGAAUGUUAGCGAUAAAGGAGAAACCGCCAGAGGAGGUAUACGCUCCACCGGACUUGUCGAAAGUACUACCAACGUUUGAUGGUAAGUGUAAGCCCCAUGAAGCGGCGGAUUGGUUGAGCACGCUCUGUGGAGUGGCGUCAUUACAUCGUUGGUCGGAUGCACUCAAGUUGGAGGCGACGAGAGUAAACGUGGAUGGUCCAGCUCGCCAAUGGUAUAUUGGGCGAAGAUUCAAUUCAUGGGCAGAAUUUGAACAGCAGUUUAAAGCAACGUUCUUCAGAAAGGUUAACACGGGCAGUCGAUGGAAGGCAUUGGCAGCGCGGGUACAAGGUAAAAACGAAAGUAUUCUAGACUACUUCCACGAAAAGGUUCGACUUUGUCGAGAUUUGGAAUUAGAUUUGUUUGAUACCAAGGAACAGUUAUUAGACGGUAUCCAAUCGAAAGAAUUAUUUCAAUAUUUGUUAAGCCGUACUCAUAAUGACGAAAAUGAGUUACUAUUUGACAUUAUGGACUACAUGCGGUUAGUGGAGCACAGAAAUGUUCGAUUUCAAAAUAAAAUAGUUUUGUCCAAUUCAAAUGAGAAGCAGUGGCCCAGAGGAGAAAGUCCUAAGCCCAAAGCGGAAAGUUCGAGUAGGAGUCAGAAGGGUGUUGAGUCAGCAACAAGCCGGAUAUGUUACAACUGUGGAUCCAGGACGCACAUCGCGCCAAGUUGUCCCAGUCCAGUAAGACCAAAAGGAGCAUGCUACGGUUGCGGUUCAACAGCACAUCAGGGAUCAGCGUGUCCGGAACGUGAUCAGAAAAAUAGGAAUGACACAAAUGAAGAAUCUCGGCGACAGAACGAGCGGCAACAUAGUGGAUCAGCAGGAGAGAUCAGACUGUUAGAGCCAGCAUAUAAUGUAAGGGUAAGUAUAAUAUUAUGUAAGGAGACUGUUACUGUUAAUGCAUUGGUAGAUAGUGGUAGCCCAAUUUCUUUGAUUAAGUCUCAUCUUAUCCGGACUAGUGAACGAAAACCAUUUAAUAAUGAUAUUUUUAUUUCGGGUAUCAACGGGUCUCAAUUGAGUAUUGAAGCGGUUACUGAUGCUACGGUUUUAUUAGUUGAUUAUGAUUUAAAUAAGAAACAAAUAUUUUAUGUGGUAGAUGAUUAG